AUGUCUCGAGCACGAAGCAGAAGUCGCGCGCCCAGUAUCCGGGCGCCUUUGAGUCCGGCACCCAUCGUUGUCGAUGUUCCGCGAGGCGGCGCUAAGUCCCCGCUUAUCGUCGAUGUCGACGUACCACGGCCAAGAUCGAGAAGCAGGAGCGUUGGCAGAAAUGGACCCUUGGUCGAUGCGCCUGGGCUCAGUGGAGGAAGAGGGAUGUUUAAGAGGCUGAUUGUCGCGUGUGACGGGACCUGGCUAAACUCGGACGACGGAACAAAGAACGGCACUCUGUCCAUCCCAAGCAACAUCACGCGCAUUUCAAGAGCUAUUAAAGCAGUUAGUCAAGAUGGCAUCCAGCAGAUUGUGAACUACCACCAAGGCCUCGGAACCGAAGGAGGCAAGAUUUCUCGCUUGGUUGGUGGUGCUACGGGCAAGGGCCUUGCCGAAGAUGUUCGCGAAGCUUACUCGUUCCUUGCAAACAACUACCACCCAGGAGAUGAAAUCUUCCUGCUUGGAUUUUCGAGAGGCGCAUUCACAGCCCGCAGUAUCGGUGGUUUGAUUGGCGAGAUUGGACUUCUUACAAAGAAAGGCUUGAACACCUUGCCAGAAGUUUACGAAGACGUCCAGAACCGACGAAACCCAGACUACCGGCCGAAGCACGAAGAUAUACCGUUCCCACGGAAGCCAAGCGCAGAUGACCCAAGAUACGCCGAAGAAUUAGAACGUAGAGGAUUGACUAGACUGGAUAUUCCGAUCAAAUGCAUAGCUGUGUGGGAUACAGUCGGUAGUCUCGGAAUACCGCGAAUCGGCAUACUUCAGCGUGCAGGUCUACAGAUGAAGCAAUCAAGAGCGACAUCUUUUUACGACACCAAGCUCUCCAACUGCAUCGAAAACGCGUUCCAGGCGCUUGCCCUGGAUGAGAACCGAUCUUCGUUUUCGCCUGCCGUAUGGGAAAAGCCCGAGGGUAACCGUACCACGCUUCGCCAGGUCUGGUUCCCAGGUGCGCAUGCGAACGUCGGUGGUGGAUAUGACGAUAUGCAAAUUGCGAAUAUCAGUCUCGCGUGGAUGAUGAGCCAACUGGAGCCGUUUCUGGAUAUGCGUGGCGAGUAUCUUUUCGAGCAGGACGAUCUGAAUGAGAAAUACUACAAAAAGGAGGAGGGUGCAAUCCGACCGUGGAGUUUUGGCAAGAUCUACAGCGAGCUGAAGGGCGCGUUUGCUUUGGGCGGAAGUACUCAACGCAAACCUGGUCAAUACACGUCAGUCGACCCCUUCACAGGCCGCGCAACAGAUCGGCCUCUGCGCCAGACAAAUGAGUACAUUCAUCCCUCAGUACGCACGCGUUUCCGUCUCGAAGGCCCCGGUAUUCAAGACCGUGGUCUAUACGAGGCGCGCGCUUUGACAGACAGUUACAAACUCGUCGUCGAUUAUGGAACCAACAAUCAACGUGCCGGUCACCAGCCCCACAGCAAGAAAGACGCGCAGGGACACGUUUUCGCCUCGAUCAACGUUUCCCAUUGA